AUCGUUGGAGGAAGAGAAAGGAGAGAAUCGGGUUACAAGAUGGCGGCUGUGUGAUCUCCCAGUAAAACCCGAGCAGGAGGAGGAGGCGGUGGACGGUGACCAGAGCGGGGAGGGAGACGCAGACACCCGCGGCCGAGGCUCCUCCUGUGCGCGGCUCCCGACUUCAGUCCCUCAGGCGACCGGCGAACGAUGAGCCGCGGCGGGGGCAGUGCGUGAGGAGAGCGGCGGAGACUACGAGCGGGGAGCGGCACCAUGUCUGACACCAGGCGGAGGGUGAAGGUCUACACCCUGAACGAGGAGCGCCAGUGGGACGACCGGGGCACCGGCCAUGUGUCCUCCACCUAUGUGGACCGGCUCAAGGGGAUGUCCCUGCUGGUGCGGGCCGAGGCUGACGGUUCACUGCUUUUAGAGUCUAAGAUAAAUCCGAAUACGGCAUAUCAGAAGCAGCAGGAUACACUUAUAGUUUGGUCUGAAGCAGAAAACUAUGAUCUUGCUCUCAGCUUUCAAGAAAAGGCCGGCUGUGACGAAAUAUGGGAAAAGAUAUGUCAGGUUCAAGGAAAAGACCCCUCUGUGGAAGUCACUCAAGACCCCAUCGAUGAAUCGGAAGAAGAACGCUUUGAGGAGAUGCCUGACACAAGCAACUUGAUUGAUCUUCCUACUUGUGAACUUAGUAAACUUGAAGAGAUCGCUGACCUUGUUACCUCAGUCCUAUCAUCACCUAUCCGUAGAGAGAAGCUAGCCCUGGCCCUGGAGAAUGAGGGCUAUAUUAAGAAACUGCUGCAGCUCUUCCAAACCUGCGAAACUAUGGAUAAUGCAGAGGGUUUGCAUCAUUUAUAUGAGAUUAUCCGAGGAAUUUUAUUUCUCAAUAAAGCAACUCUGUUUGAGGUGAUGUUUUCGGACGAGUGUAUUAUGGAUGUUGUGGGGUGCUUAGAGUACGACCCAGCCUUGGCCCAGCCAAAGAGACACCGGGAAUUCCUGACCAAAACUGCAAAGUUUAAGGAAGUAAUCCCCAUAACAGACUCCGAACUUAGGCAAAAGAUACACCAAACGUACAGGGUACAGUACAUUCAAGAUGUCAUCUUGCCUACUCCAUCAGUCUUUGAAGACAAUUUUCUGUCUACACUCACGUCUUUCAUUUUCUUCAACAAAGUGGAGAUAGUCAGCAUGCUGCAAGAGGACGAAAAGUUUUUGUCAGAAGUUUUUGCACAGUUGACGGAUGAAGCCACAGACGACGAUAAAAGACGGGAAUUGGUAAAUUUUUUUAAGGAAUUUUGUGCAUUUUCACAGACAUUACAGCCUCAAAAUAGAGACGCUUUUUUCAAAACAUUGGCAAAUCUAGGAAUUCUUCCUGCCCUGGAAAUUGUCAUGGGUAUGGACGACUUGCAAGUUAGAGCGGCUGCAACCGAUAUAUUUUCAUAUCUGGUAGAAUUUAGUCCAUCUAUGGUCCGGGAAUUUGUGAUGCAGGAAGCUCAGCAGAGUGAUGAUGAUAUUUUGUUGAUAAAUGUUGUUAUUGAGCAAAUGAUCUGUGAUACAGACCCUGAGCUUGGAGGAGCUGUUCAGUUAAUGGGACUCCUGCGGACACUGAUCGACCCUGAGAACAUGUUAGCGACAGCUAAUGUAAGAACAUGUCAAUGGAAAACUGAAAAGAGUGAGUUCCUGAAUUUCUUCUAUAACCAUUGUAUGCAAGUCCUCACUGCACCUCUCCUGGCGAACACAUCUGAAGACAAACCAGAUAAGGAUUCCAGUAUUGAAUCCACUAAAAGCAGCACGAUUUGUCCAGAUAACUAUCAGACUGCUCAGCUACUUGCAUUGAUAUUGGAGCUGUUGACGUUUUGUGUAGAACAUCAUACGUACCACAUCAAAAACUACAUCAUGAAUAAGGACAUGCUCCGAAGAGUGUUAAUACUGAUGAAUUCCAAACAUACUUUUUUGGCACUUUGUGCUUUGCGUUUCCUGAGGCGAAUAAUUGGUUUAAAGGAUGAAUUUUACAACCGUUAUAUUAUAAAGGGAAACCUUUUUGAGCCGGUUAUUAAUGCACUUCUGGAUAAUGGAACCCGAUACAACUUGCUAAACUCUGCAAUAAUAGAGCUGUUUGAGUUCAUCAGAGUGGAAGACAUCAAGUCUCUGACUGCACAUAUAGUGGACAACUUCUAUAAAGCUCUUGAAUCGAUUGAAUAUGUUCAGACGUUCAAAGGGCUGAAGACCAAGUAUGAGCAGGAAAAAGACAGACAGAACCAGAAAUUAAACAGUGUACCAUCUAUACUGCGUAGCAACAGAUUCCGACGAGAUGCAAGAGCUUUGGAAGAAGAUGAAGAGCUAUGGUUUAAUGAAGAUGAGGAGGAAGAAGGCGAAGCUGUUGUUCCCCCUAUUGAAAAGUCUAAGACAGAAGAUGAUUUCCCUGACAGUUAUGAAAAAUUUAUGGAAACAAAGAAAGCUAAAGAGAGCGAAGACAAGGAGAAUCUUCCCAAGAGGACUUCUGUGGGUGGAUUCAAGUUCACUUUUUCUCACUCUGCCAGUUCAGCGAAUGGAGCAAAUGGUGCAAACAGUAAAUCUGUGGCAGCUCAGACCCCACCAGCAGGUUCUAAUGGAUCAUCCUCCAAAAACACAAGUUUAGCAACAACAGUAACAUCGACAAAGCAGGGAAGUUUGAUUGGACUGGUCGAUUACCCUGACGAUGAGGAAGAGGAGGAGGAGGAGGACACGUCUCCAAGAAAAAGACCUAGACUGGGAUCGUAAAUUGACAAACAUUAGUUUUUGGGUUAAUACAGCAACUGAUGUCUGAUCUUAGUGUGAGCCAGGAAGCUUUCUCCCUUGAAUAGUACGAAAGUAGCCAAACUCCACUAGAAUGGUGUAAAUGCCAAGAUUUCAUGGAAGCCCUUCAAGUGUCUCUGAAUUCUUGUAGGGGUUUCAGAAUGACGGAUUAGCUAUGACAACCAAGAUGAGUGCUUUAGUACAUCUUGUGUUCAGGGGAUGGGGACAGAAUGGAUCACUUAGAAAGACGCAUCUUAAUGUUGCAGGGUUGCCCCCAAGAUGUAAGUCAACUAGAUGAAAUAAAAAGCUAAGAGCUUUCUGUUGCACAGCGGUAAUCUUAAUUUUAUUUGUGCUGGCCAUAAUGUUUUAUCAAUUGCCUCUUUUAUAAAAAAAAAAUAAAAAAAAGAAUUGAAGGGAAUGAAUUCUGAUCUAACUUUGGGACCAUUCUUUGUAAAUUUAAUUCCCAUCUUCAGUAGUAGGGAUGGGGGGGGGGGGAGGGGAGGGUGACACAUUGUAGUGCAUGUUAACUUUAAAAAAAAAAAUAGAAAAAAAAUGAAUGAAAAUCUUUUCAGUGUGUAUUUUAUUAAAAUCUGAAGUCAGAAUGGACAGAUGUAAUAAGUAGCCCGUCCUGCAUACUGCACUUCCAGAAAUACUGAUGCCAAGGAUCAGUAGCUUCCAAAACUAGUCUGGAAACUGCCCGUUGACCUCCUAACCAGUGCCUCAAUCUCUUGCAGUGUUACCAUUUUCGUGUUAAGCAUAUGAACAGUGUGUUUUACCCAUUUUAUUCUUAUUUUUUUUAUUUAGCGUUCAGCUUUUUUUCUUUUUGAAGCCAUUUGCUGUUUUUAGUCCAUAGAAAUUUAUUCCAACUUUUUUUUUAAGUGCUGAAACCAUCAUGGCUAUACAAGAAACCAAUAUACCAAAGGGGUUAACACAGCAAGCAAUGAGUUACCAUCAGUCAUUAUGUUUCAUAGUGUCGGAAGACUGAUAUAUAUGCACCUUUUUAUUAUCUUUGGCAAGGGUGUAAAGGGAGAGCCACCGCUUUCAGUACACUCAUUUUAUACAUAGCAAUUCGGAGCACAUUCCAUGGAUGUAGAUGAAUUGCAGCGGAUUUGUGACCGUGUAGUUGUGGAAUACAAUUUUUACUUUCAUUUUCUUCCUUUCUUUUUUUUUUUUUUUUUUUUUUUCUCCUUUUUAAGGUAGCACCUGAACUGUAAAUAAUUUUAAUUCUCCCGUAUAUGAUCUGAGAUCAUGCUGAAGAAAAGUGUUCCCUCCCUCACUUGAAUCUACUGUUCAGAGAUGCGCGCAGCAGCUGCAGUCCUCUGAGAGUCAUCCUUGUACCAGGUUCUAGAUCCGUUUCUCUCAAAAAUAGUUGAAGCAGUUUCCCAGUUUUGGAGAUUUUGUAGUUAAUUAUAAUUUUAGCUAUUGUUUGGAAAGAUGGGCUGUCUGUGUAGAUAUGAAGUAUAGUUCUUUUUUCCAUAAAAA